UUCACACUUGCCGGCACACGUGGCAUGUAAACCUUUUUAAUUGUCUUUUUCUUAUGUGUUAGUGUAGAAAAUAAUUUGUCAAUUUGGUCUUUUACACCAUGUAUUUUUUAAUAUUUGACUCAAUCAAUGAGUGGUGCGUGAAUUUGUCACCUGUGAGUAUAACAUCCACGGAAAGCAAAUCUCAAUAACUUAUUCCUGAUGAUGAAAAUAAACAUUUUCGAAAGCUUGAAACUUAGUUAAAAGAGUACACUUAUUUCACCGCUGCAUAUCCCAAUAACCUCAGAAUUCCGUUUUCUACGUUGUCAGCAAAGACUUCUUUUCCUUUUCUUUUUAAGGCAUGGGAUUUUAUCAGAACAUCGCAUAUCGCUAUGGUGACCUCGCUGUACGGGCACUCAAGGAUUGGUCAAAGACUAAACAAAAAUUGGCAAGAGAAUACAAUAAAAGAUGUUUUUUAUUAAGAUGUAGAUCAUCAAACAUUUCACCUACACACAUCAUACACUCCACUUCAUCCAUCACUAAAUUAUUACAAAGACAGGACAUCCAGUCGAACAAGGAUGCUUUACAAUUUACCAGGUUAGAAAACAGAAUUUUGAAUUUAGAAAUUUCUAAUUGCAUUAAAGUCAUUAACAAUUUAGAGUCUAAUUUAUCUAAACUCAAAAGAGACAUCAUUGACUUUACUUCUGAAUUCAUUUUUAACAACUUUUCUAGUAAACAACAAGUUUUAUAUAACAAAACUUUUCAUAAAACCAAAUUAGUAAAUACUAACAAAUAUAAUAGAUUAUUUAAUCAAGAACUGAACUUGAAACUAAAGACAAAACCGGGUUGGAUUAAGAACCUCUCCAAUGUAACCUUGCCCGAUGAUAUUUCUAGAUUUUUGUCUUUGGGUCCAAAGUUCAGUAUAGAACCUAUUGUAGGGAAAGAUAUCCCUAUCAGGGAUAUGUUGGCUGACGUUGAAACAAUUAUGCACUCUGUCACGGAUGCACAACUGAGGGACGUGCUAGUAGCUAAAUCUACGUACAUCAUUACUGAUUAUGUACAUAAAAAUAACAGUAAGAGUAGCUUUAACUUCUACAGAGCUAUGUUACAUAAAACUCGUAAGUUUCUUAGUGAAAACACUAACAUUAUUGUCAUGCCUUCUGACAAAUGUAAUGUAACUGUAGUUCUGGAGAAGCAGAGAUACUUAGAUCUAUGUCUCCAAUUGCUAAAUUCUGAUAACAUAUAUGAGAGAUUGAACAGAGAUCCAACUAAUACUGUUCAAACUAAAUGCAAUAACCUCAUCAAGGAAUUAUGCAGUUCGGGACAAAUAGAUGAUGAUACAAAGAAAAAAUUAACAGGGUAUAAGGGUGUCAUACCCAAGUUUUACGCUUUACCUAAGAUUCAUAAACCACAGCUUUCGGUACGUCCCAUUGUUGCAUGCAUUGGUUCACCUACUAAUUUAUUAGCAUCUUUUUUGACUGAGAUUUUGACCAAUGCAUAUGUCUCUAAUGAAUAUGACGUAAAAAGUUCUUUUGAUGUCUUUAACAGCUUUAACAACUAUCAGUUACCUGAGGGCUAUGUUAUUAUCAGUCUGGAUGUAGUCUCUUUGUUCACUAAUGUACAUCUAGAUGCAGCCUUAAUAGCUGUUGAAAACAAUUGGAAUUUUAUUAGUUCUCAUUGCAAUAUUAGCUUGGAAUCUUUCAAAAAACUCAUCUCCUUUCUUUUUAACAACACCUAUUUCACAUUUAAUAAUACUGUGUUUAGACAAACACAAGGGACUCCUAUGGGAGGUACUAUCUCUCCCAUUCUGGCCUGUUAUGUGAUGGAUCAUUUACUGGAUAUGGUGAUCCCAGAAUUGUCCUUCUAUAUUCCUUUUGUUAAAAAGUAUGUGGAUGACUUAAUCCUCGCUAUUCCUAGCAAUAGAUCAGCUGAAAUUUUGCAAGUAUUCAAUAGUUAUGACCCUCUAUUACAGUUCACAAUUGAACAUGAGGAUGAUCUAUGCUCAGUCCCCUUUCUUGAUACCCGGUUCAUUAGAACCCAUAACAACUCCCUGAGAAUUGACUGGCAUAGAAAACCUCAUAGUUCUGGACGUUUUCUUAACUAUUGGUCAUAUCAUCGACACUCAAUAAAAAUCAACUUGAUUAAGCAAAUGAAGGCUAGAAUCAUAGCUAUCAGUGAUCCUUCUUGCCAUCAGAAGAACCUGAGAAUCCUGUCUAACCUUUUUAUCGACAACUCUUAUCCAAAACACCUAGUCACCAAGAUAUUAUUCAGUUUGACCCCUGACAUAAUACGCCACAAUGAUGAGUUGCAAAUUACUGUUACAAGCGGAGAACAAAAUGCCAAUUGUUUAUAUACUUCUUUAAAAUACGUGAAAGGCAUAACACCCAGACUGGCUAGACUGUUUAAAGACAUCCCUAACUUGAAAAUAGCCUUUAAAACAUCUUUAACUUCACGAUCUAUAUUUUCAAAGGUUAAGGACAAGAGUGACAUUAGGGAUUGUUCUAACGUUGUCUACCAGAUUCCCUGUAACAACUGUAAUUUGGUAUAUGUUGGACAAACCGCACGCAAUUUAGGUAGUCGUUUAGUUAGUCACCGCAGUGAUAGCAGAUUAUAUCCUGAAAGAUCUGCUCUUGCCGAACAUGUUAAUAAAGAACAUCACAAAAUGAAUUACGAAUCGGUCAGAGUUUUAGCUUCUGAAUCCAACUAUACUAAAAGACUGUUCUUAGAGAUGGCUUUCAUUUCGCAGAAUUCUAAUGCAAUGAACAAAAGGAGUGACAUAAAUCAAUUAAGCUCUAUUUACUCAUAUCUAUUAUGUUUGGACAACUAUCCUCAUUUCAAUGAUGUCUUUUCAACUGAUUCAUUGUAAAGUUUCCAGCUUUCAGUACAUUGAAAUGUAAAUUAUUUAUAAUUUUGGUUUUUAACUUCAAACAAAACUCUGGUAAAUUUUUGAUGUGUAUUCUUAAAGUAUUAGUACUACAUAAGACAAAGAAAAAAGAAGAAGUGGUGUCAUUUGCGUAUGUCCAGGAAUGACAUUGACUUCUAACCUCACAUUUCACACUUGCCGGCACACGUGGCAUGUAAACCUUUUUAAUUGUCUUUUUCUUAUGUGUUAGUGUAGAAAAUAAUUUGUCAAUUUGGUCUUUUACACCAUGUAUUUUUUAAUAUUUGACUCAAUCAAUGAGUGGUGCGUGAAUUUGUCACCUGUGAGUAUAACAUCCACGGAAAGCAAAUCUCAAUAACGUAAGUUUUUAAACCUUUACACCUUGUACUGUAUGUUUUCGAGGAUGCUGUACUAACAGUAGCACUUUAUUUCAGUUAUUCCUGAUGAUGAAAAUAAACAUUUUCGAAAGCUUGAAACUUAGUUAAAAGAGUACACUUAUUUCACCGCUGCAUAUCCCAAUAACCUCAGAAUUCCGUUUUCUACGUUGUCAGCAAAGACUUCUUUUCCUUAUAUAUAUAUAUAUCACAAAGCAUGUCACAAAGCAAGAGAUCUUUUGAACCGAGUUAAAGUUAAAUUGAAAAUAUCAUAAUCAAAUUCAUUUAAUAGCUCCAUGUAUCUAUCCAAUGGGUUGUGAAUACCAUAAUG